AUGCCAACCGUGAAGAGCAAGAAGAAGAAGCCGAAGAAGGAAGCAAUCGAUGGAGAGGAGCAUGGAGAAGUUGGUCUGGAGGUGGAGAUGGAGGAAGUGACCGAUAGGAGCCACUCUGACAGCAGAGACCCUUUGACUCCAGAGCCGCAGGAUCCAGCACCACAGAAGAAGAAGAAAAAGAAGAGGGCGCCUACUAUAGAUCAGGAAGCAGAGAAUGCUGACGUGCCAAAUGGUAACAUGGCCGAGCAUGACAUGGACGGAGAAGAAAUGACUGUUGCUGUAACCCGAAAGACAAAAAGGAAGAAGAAGGCGAAGGCUCCGGAGCACUACAGCAAUGAUCUGGGAGCCGAGGACGACGAUAUCACCUCAGACGCCCAGUCCCCGAUCCCCCAGCAUUCCCUGUUCUCCGCCCCACACGGACACAGCCAGCCGGUCGGCAAAGUCUUUGUGGAGAGAAACAGGCGUUUCCAAGCAGAGCGAGUUGAGCAGCACCGACACUCAGAGAUGAUGGAUGACUACAUUGACCCCAGACAGAUCUGGAACACCAGAGACGUCGCUAUGAGGGUCCACAGCAGCUUCAGGGUGAUUGGUCUGUUCUCUCACGGGUUCCUGGCCGGCUACGCGGUGUGGAACAUCAUUGUUGUGUAUGUGCUGGCGGGUGAGCAGAUGACCAUGCUGCCCAACCUGCUGCAGCAGUAUCACCCACUGGCCUACCCAGCUCAGUCUCUGCUCUACCUGCUGCUGGCCAUCAGCACCGUGUCGGCGUUCGACAGAGUGAACCUGGCCAAAGCCUCCAUGGCACUGAGAGGCUUCAUCACUCUGGACCCUGCUGCUCUGGCUUCUUUCUUAUAUUUCAUAGCCCUGAUCCUGUCCCUCAGUCAGCAAAUGACCAGCGAUCGCAUCAACCUCUAUCCCACAGCCAACGAGACUCUGUGGCCUCCAGGUUCAGAGCAGCAGAUCCUGCGGCCGUGGAUUGUGGUGAACCUGGUGGUGGCGCUGUUGGUGGGCCUGGCCUGGGCGGUCGUCUCCACCCGGCCCGACGUCGACUACACAGAAGAGUUUUUGAUGGCAAUGGAAGUGGAGGGAUUCCCAAGAGGAGACGAGAAUCUGGAUAUCCCUGCUUGAAAGUCUGCAAACC